AUGGUCCCCGUACCCCGGUGCAUCUGCGCCGUUCUUUCGUCCCAACCCGCUCUCGUUAUCAGUUCGCGCUUCCUGGAUCCAGAGAAUGACUUAGGAUCAUCAAGUCGACGUCGAUGGUCGCAGUUGUCCUUGCGUCUCGGCGGGACGUACGCACCGCAUAUCGCGUCCGCCAUCCACACAGAACAAGGCUCUCGCACUGCGGCAGCCGCGCGUGCGCUCGACAUCGCCGUGACAGGGCUGCCGCCCGUCAACCUCGCGUCUGUGAUGCCCGGCAACGAGCUUACGGACCCCUACAUCCAGCACACGAGCGUCCCCGAUUGGGCCUGCGAGGGCCCGUCUGCCGUCUAUGACGACCCCGAUGGUUCGGAGUGCCAGGUUCUGCGCGCGAAGGUGCCGACGUGCCAGUGGCUCGUCAAGAGCUGCCACGACUUCAACUCGCGCCUCACGUGCGUGCCGGCGACCCUCUACUGCAACAGCCAGAUUAUAGCCCGCUCAUUAGCUCGGCUGCAACCCGUGCGACGUGCGCAAGAAGUGCACCCACAAGGAGGGCGAUCUGUGCUUCAAGCAGAUGUCCUGGAUCGAGACAUGGGUGAACCAGCGCUGGGUCUCGACGCGGCGCGCAACUUCGAGAGCUGCAACAUGAUGAUGCAGGUCAACCAAGCGUUUGCGAUGCAGGGCGACGGCGCGCACAAUAGUACCGUGCUCAUCCAAGUCCCCGACCUCGUCGAGGAAGAUGUCAGGCUGCUCGUCCACGCCGGAGACGCGGACAUGAUGUGCAACUUCAUCGGCAACGAACGCUGGGUCGAGCAGCUCGACACGCGCUUCCAGAAGGGCGCAUACGGCAACGACGAGACCGCGGGCAGCAUCACCUUUGUCACUGUCCACGAGGCUGGGCACAUGGUCACGUACGACCAGCCCGAGGCUGGCUUGGACCUCGUGACAAAGUGGCUGUACGACAUCCCGCUCACGCUUGAGCGCGGCCGCGACUCGUCAAUCUGCUCCCCCGGUCAUGCUGACGAGCAUGUGGAAGUCUGA